AGCAUUUUAAAAUGACUUGAGGAACUGGAGAGGCGAAAGGGGAAGUCCCUCUUGUUUCAAUCAAAGCUUCGAAGCAAUAUAUUAUCGCUUUUGUUUUUUAAAUCAAGGUUAGUUUGAUUAACCUUUUCUAUUCUUUGAUUGAAACGAUGUCGUGUUCAUCGCCGUCGGGAUCAGAGGAGGAUGACGAAGGAAUCGAUUCAUACCGUAAAGGAGGUUAUCAUGCGGUGAGGGUAGGGGAUCAGUUUUCUGGUGGCCGUUAUAUUGCCCAGAGAAAGCUUGGGUGGGGCCAGUUUUCUAUUGUUUGGCUUGCUUACGAUACUCGAUCAUCUAAAUAUGUUGCUCUUAAGAUCCAGAAAAGUGCUGCACAAUUUGCUCAAGCUGCGCUUCAUGAGAUUGAACUCCUUUCAGCUGUAGCUAAUAGUGACCCCUCAAAUUCAAAGUGUGUUGUGCAACUGAUUGACCACUUCAAGCAUGCAGGGCCAAAUGGGCAGCAUCAGUGCAUGGUCCUUGAAUUUCUUGGUGACAGUUUGCUCAGGUUAAUCAGGCAUAAUCAUUACAAAGGUCUUCAAUUAGAAAAAGUUAGAGAGAUCUGUAAAUGCAUUUUGACAGGUUUGGAUUACUUGCAUAGAGAACUUGGUAUAAUCCACACUGACCUAAAACCCGAAAAUAUUCUUCUCUUUUCCACCAUUGAUCCUGCCAAGGAUCCAAUUAGGUCUGGGAUCAAACCAAUCCUGGAAAGGCCUGAGGGUAACCUUAACGGUGGUUCAACUAUGAAUCUCAUCGAGAAGAAGUUGAAAAGGAGGGCAAAGAGGGCAGUUGCUAAUAUAUCAGGAAGAAGAGAUUCGAUGGGAGGAGCCAUGCAAAAGUCUGAGAGAUCUCUUGAUGGGGUUGAUGUGAGGUGCAAGGUUGUUGAUUUCGGGAAUGCGUGCUGGGCCGUUAAGCAGUUUGCCAAAGAAAUUCAAACCAGACAGUAUAGAGCUCCUGAAGUCAUACUGCAAUCCGGGUAUUCCUUCUCUGUUGACAUGUGGUCUUUUGCUUGUACGGCAUUUGAGCUUGCUACUGGGGAUAUGUUGUUUGCUCCCAAGGAUGGACAAGGCUAUAGCGAAGACGAGGAUCACCUUGCUCUAAUGAUGGAACUCCUUGGAAAGAUGCCAAGAAAGAUAGCUAUUGGAGGAGCUUUAUCCAAGGAUUAUUUUGACAGGCAUGGGGAUCUAAAGAGGAUUCGGAGACUGAAAUUUUGGCCACUUGAUCGCUUGCUGGUUGAAAAAUACAAGUUCCCAGAAACUGAUGCUCAGGAGAUUGCGGAAUUUCUGUGUCCCCUUCUCGAUUUCACACCAGAGAACCGACCCACUGCUCAGCAGUGCCUGCAACACCCAUGGUUCAAUAUCAAAAUUUCACAGAAUGAGAUGACAAGUGAAUCUAACGUGGAAAAGUUGGGUGUUGGAGUGAGCAAUUUGAAGGUGAGUAAGUGAAGAAGGGGUCAAAGAAAGAAUGACAUCAUCGACAUUUGAUUAUUGACGUUGGUGCAGUAAUUGUCAUCAUCAAAUUAUUUUCGCCGCCCCAAAUACCAUUUGCUUUCUGUCUGCCACCAAACUUCCUCUCUCUCGGAAAUGACAUUCUGCCCUUAAUGACUAUGAAUUCAAUGAGUCGAUGCCUUUUGUUCUUGGAGUUCGAUGGUUUGUAGCCCUUGGAAAUUUGGAUUUUCAAACUGCGAGUGUCAUCAUGAAGCCUAUAUAUCCUCUUGGUCAAGAUCAAGAUGUUUUACAAACUUGUAUUUCUCAAGUUCAGUCUAUAGAAAUGCUGGAAGAUGAAUUGAGAUGUGGAAGUUGCCUGACUCUCCCUCUAGUACAGAGGUCGUGGAAGACCGAGAGAGAUGGGUUUUAGAGAUGCAUUUCCUUAAAACCAUUGAGGUAAGGAGUUUAGGAAACCAUCUCUAGGGAAUAAUGCUCUUACAUUCUCUUGAAAUGCCAUGAGCACAACCUUUCUAUCCACUGGGUUAAAGGUGGACUUGGAGACAUGAAACGAAUUAACCGUACGAGAUAAUUAAUUAUUAAAUUAAAACAAAAA